AUGGAGUCGGGAAACUUUGUUGUGAAAGAUGCCAAUGAUACGUCUGAGCAUUUUCUAUGGCAAAGUUUUGACUAUCCGUGCAAUACUCUUUUGCCAGGAAUGAAGCUUGGAAAGAACUUUGUAAAGGGCCUAGAGCGCCACCUCUCCUCCUGGAAGAGUAGCGAUGAUCCAACCCCAGGAAAUCUGAUGCACAACUCUAAACAAGGUCACACUGACAAAAGCCAAACGGAAGAUCUAGAGUUUCCAUUGUUCGACUUAGCUGUAAUAGUUAAUUCCACAAAUAACUUUUCAAUCAACAAUAAGCUUGGAGAGGGUGGUUUCAGAUCUGUUUACAAGGGUAUAUUGGAAGGAGGACAAGAAAUAGCUGUGAAGCGGUUAUCAAAGAAUUCUAGUCAAGGACUUGAUGAGUUCAAGAAUGAAGUUAUUUGUAUUGCCAAACUUCAGCACCGAAAUCUCGUGAAGCUUCUAGGAUGUUGCAUUCAAGGAGAAGAAACAAUUGGCUACAUGUCUUCAGAGUAUGCAAUAGAUGGGCUAUUUUCAAUAAAAUCAUAUGUAUUUAGCUUUGGCGUUUUGGUGCUAGAGAUUGUGAGUGGAAAGAAAAACAGAGGUUUUUAUCACCCAGGUCACAGCCUCAACCUCCUUCGCCAUGCAUGGAGACUCUAUGAAGAUGGCAAGUCAUUGGAAUUGAUUGAUGAGGCUCUAUGGGACUUGUGCUACCAAACUGAAAUGUUGCGAUCAAUCCACGUGGGUCUUUUAUGUGUGCACGACAGUCUAGAGGAUAGGCCAAGCAUGUCAUCUAUAGUUCUGAUGUUGUGCAGUGAAGCUGCAUUGCCUUGA